AUGUCCAUUAUCCUCUUCCUUGCUUUCGCGGCUCAGAGCGCUCGUAUCGAUCUGGUCGGGUCAUUACAAGGUGUCAAUUAUCAAGUAGAUGCUCGCCACCUCGGGCAAGCUGAGAAGCUCCAGUCAGCUGAACGGCUCUAA